GUAACAUAUGUAAUAAAAAAAUGGCUUGAAAUCAAAGCAAUGGAUAUACCCUCUUCAUAUAAAUUAAAGACUUGACAAAUCCUCUCUUAUAAGAACAAGACCAGCCCACCUGAAAUGGCCAAAACCAACUGGCUCCAAACACCCAAGCCGAUUAUCCUAUAGGAAGAAGAUGGGGUUGAAGAUGCUCGAGGAGACCCAGUCUCAUCUAAGGCAGUUGGAGCAUCUGCAGCAGGGCUAAUGUCCGGAGCUGGUGCUGGAGCUGGGGUAGAAGGAAUGUCGGUGCCAAAGAUUGCUACAGGGAGAAGGACCUUAUCAACUUGAUACACAGCCACAGGAUCGGUCGAAUGCACGCUGCUACUCACCUUGGUGUUAGUCCAUCCUGAGCCAAUGUUACCGGCAACCUUAACUUAUUUCCUUUUUCUUUUUCUUUUUUUUAAAUACAUAAGCCAGUUGGACGGUCCGUAUUGAACCAUCUUCAUCCAAUGGCCAAAAAUGUUUUUUGGGUAGGUACCGAAGUGGUACUGUAGAAUUUCCUUUUUCAAACCCAGAAUUGUUCGUUCUGUUUUCUCUUAUUUUUUAACCGGAGGGAAGAGGGCGGAUCUGUCAGUGGCGUGCCAGUCGUUCGCGAUGGAGACGGAGGCGACACCGGCAGAGAGGGAAUACAAGGAGGGGGGUGCAAAGGCUACGGGGAAGGGGGUGCCGGUUUACGUGAUGAUACCUUUGGAUAGCGUGACGAUGGGGAAUGGUGUGAAUACGUGGGAGAAGAUGAAAGAGAGGAUGCAGAAGCUGAAGAGCGCGGGUGUGGAGGGGGUGAUGAUGGACGUGUGGUGGGGACUGGUGGAGAGGGAGGCCCCUGGCACCUAUAAUUGGGGUGGCUACGCGGAGCUCCUGGAGAUGGUCAAGCAGCAUGGGCUUAAAGUUCAGGCGGUCAUGUCCUUCCAUAAAUGUGGUGGAAACGUCGGUGACUCCUGCACGAUCCCUUUACCUAACUGGGUUGUGGAAGAGAUCAACAAAGAUCCGGACCUUGCAUACACUGAUCAAUGGGGGAGGAGAAAUUAUGAAUAUGUGUCCCUUGGGUCUGAUACUCUUCUGGUCCUCAAGGGGCGAACACCCGUCCAGUGUUAUGCUGACUUCAUGCGUGCAUUCAGAGACAAUUUCAAGCAUCUUCUUGGUGACACCAUUGUGGAAAUCCAAGUGGGGAUGGGACCAUCAGGUGAGCUCCGCUACCCUUCAUAUCCAGAGCAAAAUGGGACAUGGAAAUUCCCAGGCAUUGGAGCAUUCCAGUGUUAUGACAAGUAUAUGCUCAGUAGCUUGAAAGCUGCUGCAGAAGCUGCUGGCAAACCAAAAUGGGGUAGCACCGGUCCCACAGAUGCUGGCCACUACAACAACUGGCCAGAAGAUACACAGUUUUUCCGACGAGAAGGAGGGGGUUGGACCAGUCCUUAUGGUGAAUUCUUUCUUAACUGGUAUUCUCAGAUGCUUCUAGACCAUGGUGAGAGAAUACUGUCAUCAGCCAAGUCCAUCUUUCAGGACAUGGGAGUUAAGAUCUCAGUCAAGGUUUCUGGUAUUCACUGGCACUAUGGGACACGGUCCCACGCUCCAGAGCUCACGGCAGGGUACUAUAACACACGGUUCCGAGAUGGAUACAUUCCUAUUGCUCAAAUGUUAGCACGCCAUGGUGCCAUACUCAACUUCACCUGCAUAGAGAUGCGUGAUCAUGAGCAGCCACAGGAUGCUCGUUGUGCACCCGAGAAGCUUGUGAGGCAACUGGCUCUAGCAACUCGGAAAGCUCAAGUCCCACUUGCUGGGGAAAAUGCAUUGCCUCGAUAUGAUGAGACUGCGCAUGAGCAGAUCUUGAGAGCAUCAUCCUUGAAUUUUGACGGUGAAGAAAGAGAGAUGUGUGCUUUUACAUACUUGAGAAUGAAUCCGGACCUAUUCCAGGCAGACAACUGGAGAAGGUUUGUUGCAUUUGUGAAAAAGAUGAAGGAAGGGAAGAAUGCACACUAGUGUCGGGAACAAGUGGAGCAGGAAGCAGAGCACUUUGUAGGAUAAUUAAUUGCGACAUAUGAGUGUUGGUUUUAAUAAACUUAACAAUGUCAAAGCCAACUUUAAUGGUCAGGCAAAUUAAAGGGGACUUAUAUUUUCUAAA